CUCUUAGCAACGGUCACUGUUGAGACGGAGGAAGACGCCCCCAGCGGAUUGGCUGCACCGGGCCUCUCUGCAGCGUAGAUUGGCUGAAGCGUCGAUAGAGGGCCAGGCCUUGGCAGCCGCUGCCGGAGAACCGGCUGUCCCAGAACCGAGGCAGGACAGAACCUGUGGUGCCCCGCGGCACAGAGGAGGGACAAGAUGAUCCGCCGGAAGUCCAGCCAAUUCCAGGGACUGAAAAUGCAGUCGGAGCUUGAACAGCACUACGAACUGCGGAGAGAACCCAAGAAAGACCUCAGAUCAUUGGAUGAAUCGGCCACGCGGAUGGGAACAGGUGUGCACACCGAGUCGGGGACCGUGGCUUCGGUGAAUGCGGAUGAAGAUCCUGCAGCCAACUUGUUCCCGCCGCCACUGCCCCAGCCCCGGAUCUGCAUAUGGAAGUACCUGGACAUCCAUUCCAUGCACAGGCUGGAGAAGACAGCCAACGUUGAGGAGAUGAGGGAGGUGCUGGCCGAGCUGUUGGGGCUAGGCUCUCCUGCGCAGAGCCUGCGGGACGCCAUCACCCUGGACCUCUUCUCCCAUGCACUCAUCUUCUGCCGCCAACAAGGCUUCUCCCUGGAGCAGACAUCAACGGCUUGUGCCCUGCUCCAAGAUCUUCACAAGGCCUGUAUUGCAACCCCCUUGGGCAACGUGGAGGAAUGUUACCGCUACUUCACCAGUGUUCUUUUUUGCCAUGGAAUCAGGCGGCCCCCUUUCAGUAUCAACCUCUUUAAGGAGGAACAGCUGCUGGCCCUGGCAGAUUAUGUGGUCAACACCUACUUCCGCCACUUCAAGCUCUACAAAUAUGUCUUCACACCCCAGGUACUGGGCCAUGGACUACAAGAGGCCACCCCGCAUCUCCCCCCUUUCCCUCAGUGCAGACGUCUUCCUCCCUCUUCCCAGGUGCGGCUGGAUCUAUCUUUGACUUACGUGGGGCUACAGGCACCCAAGCUCUGGCCAAAGGAUGAGACGGGUAAGGGAGAAUGCCGGGGCGAGGGCUGGACUGCGCUGGGGCUGGGUCUGAAGCCUCCUCCUGCCUUCUGGCUUGCAGAGAAAGAAGAGGGCGAAGAGGUGGAGGAGCAGGCAGUCACCCCAGAGGAGGAGGAACCGGAAACAGUGGUCCAGCCAGAGCCAGAGCCAAGCCAGGUCUCCGUCCUCCGGGCCUACAUCAAGACCCAGAUGAACAAGGAACUGGAGCAGCUCCAACAACUGGUGGAGGAACGGCUCAAAGCCAGUGAGGAAAGGCUCGGCAGCAAGCUGACCGCACUCGAGCGGCCCCUCCAGCUACCUCCAGGCAAAGGCAAGAACAAGACCAAGUGACCCCCAGCGUCUUCCCCAAUAAAGGCCUGGACCAAAGUGGCCCUACCCCGCCCCCCUCCUGAGCACCUUCUGGGCUUCCCUGCCAAAGCCAGGCACCAGACACAGGACGCUGGCUCUCCCUGGCGUGUAGCAGGUUUUAUUGCAUACGUGGCACAGGCAGCAUGGAUAAGGCCAGGCACGGCACUCUGGGUGGCUCUCUUCCACCUCAGCUCUGAUCUCAAAGCCCUGGCCAGUGGGGGUAGGUGUACAGGGCUGGUCUCUAUGAUAGUUUGAUCAGUGGCGGGCCUGGCCAGGCAUGGGGGGGCCUGAGGCCAGAGCCCAGAGGAGCUGGAAUGAUAAAAAUCCUCCUCCUGGAGAGUUCUGCUUCCUGGGAUUCCUCAGGGCUGAAGUACUAGCCCAGCACCAGCAUGGCCUCAUCUUCAGUGAUAGUAGCUGAGUCCCCCUCCUCUUCAGGGCCCAUCAUGGGAAAAGGCCCUGGGGGCCGGUGCUGGAAGAGGGCUGCCCGGUUCUGCUGCUCACCCUUCUUCACCCAGUGUCCAUAGAGCCGGAAGGCACAGCCGUCAAUGAGGCGCCGCACUGGCCGCAGCGCAUAAGGGUCCCUCAACAGUGCACUCUUGGUCAGCGGCCGUACACGGUGGGUGCUUAAGGCCACCCGUCCAGCAGCCAGCACUGUCCACACUGCCACCUGGGAAAGGGGGCAGUGUGAGCUCCACUGGCACAUCCACCACAAAAAAAAUCAUGGGACAGAGGAGCAGGCCCAGACCCUGACACUCUCAGGCUUACCCGGAACCGCUGGCGGGGGGUGAGGUUCCAGGGUUGGCUGCCUUCACAGCGCUCAAAGAAUGGGUGCUGUAGGGCUUGCUCAGCUGUCAGGCGCUCCUCAGGAUCCACCUGCAGCAGCCUCGAGAUCUACGGGAAAUGCCAGAGCAUGAGGGGCAGCUCUUGGGCCUCCCUCCUUGCCCUCUCAUGGCCCCAGCUCACCAGGUCUUUCACAGUGUCAGAACGGUCAUCCCACUCAGGUGAACUAAACUGGUACU